CAGCGGCUUACCGCGAGUUGAGGUCCAGCUUACUACACAGAUAUCGCAUAUAUAUUACGCCUAUGCCAGUGAUAUAGUAUAAUCCAAUACAGCGAAGUUAUAAGCAGUGUGCUGUGGUAGAGGUACAGGAAGGGGAAUUCAUGUACGCGCUAGUGCCUUAUUAAGUCGGUGCAGACUACGCAGCGGUUCUAAAUGUUAGAUGUACAAGCAUCAAGGGAAAAAGUAACAUGCGUCGAAUUACCUAAUAAAAAGAUUGGAGCAUAAUCUAACCCAUAUGGCUCCCCCGAAGGGAUGUGAUAGUAGAAGACCCCGCCCGAGUGUCGAAUUGUCGGGUUCUCCUGCACCUCUCAGCACACCACUUAUAACUUCACUGCACCAGAAAGAGAAGCAGCUCUCCGGGACACUGAAACUCAGAAUGCGAGGCCUUUAAAUACCUUCAAAAAAUAAUUAAUUUGUCUAAGUAUGGCAGAGAGACCAUGCAAUAUACGCAUCUAGAUCCAUUUAAAUUAAACUUAAGGGUAAUUGCAUGAAUUAGAAGGAUCUAUCGUAAGAAUAGACUAAAUAUACAACAAUAUAUCGGUGUAUAGGCAUAUUAAAAAGAGUGUUUACAGAGAGUGUGCAGUAAGACAGGCUAUACUUCGGGUUAUCAUGUGUAUUAUAGGUAUAUUAUAGGCAUAGUACAGAC